GGGGGAUCAACGGUUUUUUGAAAUUUGAAUUCCCCUACUCGCAUUUCAGUAAUUUUCGCUAAUCAAAUCGAUUAAUUUUUAAUAAUUAAACCAACAAGAUGCAGGCUACGCGAUUCCUUAAGCAAUUUGUCAAUUCGUCUGGAAAUGUACGUAAUUACGCAUCAGGUGUGCAAAAAGUCACUUUAAUUCCAGGCGAUGGUAUUGGUCCUGAAAUUUCAGCUGCUGUUCAAAAGAUCUUUCAAGUAGCAAAGGUACCAAUCGAAUGGGAAUCUGUGGAUGUAACGCCUGUUCGUAAUCCUGAUGGACGUUUUGGUAUUCCACAAGCUGCAAUUGAUUCCGUGAAUCGUAAUAAAGUUGGCUUGAAAGGACCUUUGAUGACUCCGAUAGGCAAAGGACAUCGAAGCUUGAAUUUAGCUUUAAGAAAAGAAUUUGAUCUCUAUGCGAAUGUCAGACCAUGCAGAAGUCUUGAAGGCUACAAAACCCUUUAUGAUGAUGUCGAUGUCGUCACAAUCAGAGAAAAUACAGAGGGUGAAUAUUCGGGUAUCGAGCAUGAGAUUGUCGAAGGCGUUGUUCAAAGUAUCAAAUUGAUUACUCAAGAGGCUUCAGCUCGUGUCGCAGAAUAUGCGUUUCAAUAUGCCAAAGAUAAUCAUCGCUCUAAAGUCACUGUCGUACACAAGGCCAACAUCAUGCGUAUGUCAGACGGUCUUUUCCUAAGAUGUUGUCGUGAGACUGCAGACAAAUAUCCAGAAAUCAAGUUUGAGGAGAAAUAUCUUGAUACAGUCUGUUUAAACAUGGUCCAAGAUCCACGUCAAUAUGAUGUCCUUGUUAUGCCUAACUUGUAUGGUGAUAUCUUGUCUGAUAUGUGUGCUGGUUUAGUCGGUGGAUUGGGAUUGACACCAUCAGGAAACAUCGGAUUAGGAGGUGCACUUUUCGAAAGUGUCCAUGGAACAGCCCCAGAUAUAGCUGGAAAGGAUUUAGCUAAUCCAACUGCACUUCUUCUCUCAGCCGUCAUGAUGUUGCGUCAUAUGGAAAUGAAGGAUAAAGCAGAGAGCAUCCAAAAAGCAUGCUUUGAAACAAUUAAAGAUGCUAAAUAUUUGACAGGAGAUUUGGGUGGCAAGGCAAAGUGCUCUGAAUUUACUAAUGCUAUCUGUGAACGAUUAGCAUAAAUACAAUAGUUAUUACAUCGAUUAGAUAUUGAAGCUCUACGUUUCUUAAAGCGAUCUCCACAUCGUAUUAUUUCGUCCUCUACUUUCGCACCUUAAUUCGUUAAUAAAAUUAAAAGUAAGCGCUUAUCAGGAAAAAAAAUAUCGUCUCAACCUAACCUGUAACAAACAAAAAAAAAUUACAGAAGUCCUCGUGUUAUUGAUCGAAGGACUUACCCUGUUUUUUCGUUAUAAG